CCUCGCAGCCUUCUCCCACUUCUCAGUUCUCACUCGCUCGCUAUCCUGCCAAGGGUGAGGCUGCGAGCUGGUCGCACUUGUCGUCCCCGUCCCUUGCCCUUGGCACGUGGGUCUGCUUCUGUCUCCCAGGCCUAACGAACUUGAGAUCGCAGCUAGCUCCUCAUCCUCAAGGCUCAAUCCGUAGAGCUCAGAUUUGACAGAUCCGGAUAUGGAACAACGCGUGUAGUCUUCGUGCAUGGACAGUAGGACUCCUCUCAAAGGGAUCCCGGCUGACGACUGGCUGAUCGGAGCAGCAGAUUCCUUUAGAAGCCCAAUUUAGCAGCGAGGCCGGGUGCGAGCGCAGAGCUCUGCUCGAUCGGCGAGUACGUUCAGCAGCUGAGCUUAUCCAAGAUCUGCGCCAUGGCGUCUCAGAUAUUGCCGAUGGUUGCGGCUGUAAUCCUUGUCUCGCAAUCUCUGUGGGCUCAGCAGGCACUCGCUCAAGCUGAAGAGCCCUUGGUCCCGGCUCUCAUUAUCAUCGGAGACUCGACCGUGGAUGUGGGCAACAACAAUGGCCUCGUGACUGUCAUCAAAAGUAAUUUCGGCCCUUACGGACGUGAUUUCAGUGCUGGACCCACAGGACGGUUCUGUAAUGGGAAGAUCAUCCCCGACUAUGUGGCUGAAUUCAUCGGAAUCCCUUAUCCUAUGGCAUAUCUGGAUCCUGCUGCCAAAGGCAGCGCUAUAUUGACUGGUAUCAACACGGCUUCCUCAGCUUCGGGAUUCUACGAAGGGACUGCCAAGAACUUUAACGUCAUUCCCUUGUCUCAACAAAUGGUGUGGAUCAAGGACUGGCAGAGGCAAGUUACUGAUCAAGUCGGCCCCGCAAGAGCAGCCACCAUCUUCGAAGAGGGAAUCUUUGUUGUGAGCACAGGAAGUAAUGACUACGUCAAUAACUACUACCUGAACAUUUUGCUUCAAGAGAAGUAUAACCAGGACCAGUACAGAACUUUGCUCCUGGAUUGUACCAUCGGCUUGCUCAAGGAAAUGUAUGCCACAGGAGCGAAGAGGAUUGCAGUUGUGGGCAUGCCACCUCUCGGAUGCCUUCCUUCUCAGAUAAAACUGAGACUCGGAACGAACAAGUGUGUCGACUCCCUGAACCAGAACGCCAUAGACUUCAACGCAGCUUUGAAAGUCGAGGUCGACAAAAUGAUGCCAUCGAUGCCCGAUGCCAAGAUUGUGCUCCUGGACUCCUACUCAUAUAUCUACGAUGCGUUUCACAACCCCGCCAAAUAUGGGCUCAAGAAAACGUCCGAGGCGUGCUGUGGUACCGGAACGGUGGAGGUGGCUAUUCUCUGCAACGAGGCCAGUCCCGGCACCUGCCAGAAUGCUGAUGAGUACCUCUUCUGGGACAGUUUUCAUCCCAGCUCCAAGUUCAACGCUGGCAUUGCUCGAUACUUCUUUGACACUGCUGUCAAAGCAUUCGGUUUGGUCAGGAAGCAAAAGUAGUGAGCGCCCACCGACCCAACAACAGGCGGAUACUUGGUCAAGGCCACCGACAUAUAUAAACAUAUGCACUCUUCUGUCACAGUGGAGAUCCAUGUUACAUCAUCCCGUCACCUCAAAGCAAAAACUUCCGACCUUUCUCCGUUGCCACAUCCUUGGCGACUACUCCUAGUAGUUUCUUCGUAUUUUUCGAGAUCUGGAGAUCCACAGCUUGGAGCAGCCCUCACUGCACAAUAGAUACUAUAGAAAAGUUAUGGAGCGAACAUUUUUUCGAUUAGCAGGUAAGAUGGUCACGAGUUUCGUACCACAAUAAGUAAUUAGGUCUAUCUAUGAUACAUUUGUGAGGAGACAUUCUCAUCUGAGCAUGGGGCCUGGCUGGUUGAAAUAUGCUUUUUCCUUCCCUCGCGUAGAAACUGUCCGCCAGAGUCAGAGGAGUGGGAAAUGCACCCUUCGUUGACCUCACCGUCCCCGGUCGGGACAUUUCAUUCCAAUGUUUUUUUUUGUGUAACAAUUGUUACACACAAACUAUGUGAUCUACUAUCAUGGUAUAAAGAAACACUUGCAAG